AUGGAAUCGCCACAGCAAUUGGAUAGUGAUUCAUUACAAUAUUGGAAAAAACAAGCUACCUAUUAUGAACGAAAAGUUAAUGACCUACAGCAAGAAUUGGAUGAAUACACAGAGAAUUCUGCUCAACUCGAAAAAGAAUUAGAAGCCUCUUUAGGGCAGGUUGAAAAACGGAAUAAGGAUCUGGAACAUCAAAACCAAAGGCUCAAAAAUGAAAUUGAUCAGCUAAGGAAUAAAUUAGAUAGGAGUCAACAGGAGACAAAUGCAUUAGAAAAUGAAUUAAAAGCAUUAAGAAAAGAAAAAGAAAAGCAAGCAAUUUAUGUCAGAGAAAUUGAACAGAAAAAUGAUGAUCUGGAACGAGGGCAGAGAGUGAUAUCAGAAUCAGUGUCUUGUAUAGAACAACUAUUAUGUCAAGCAUAUGAGAGGAACGCUGUAUUAGAAAGUGAAGUGGAUGAAAUUGAGAAUCUCAGGGUCAGGUUACAAAGAGCUAAUGAUGAAGCAAGAGACCUCAAACAAGAAUUGAAAGUAAUUGAGAAAGUCGACGUCCCAAAGAAAGAAGAUGCUGUUGCAGUUGAGAGUGUGUGCAAUGGUCACUCCAAUACCCGAAGUCAAGUUGAAAUCGAAACUCAGACUGUGCUACCGUCACCUCAACGACGAGAAGUAAAUGGCAACGCAAUGACUCCAUCUUCCCGGGUAUCAGCGAUAAAUAUAGUCGGGGACCUUCUACGGAAAGUAGGGCUUGAGAGGUUUCUUUGCCGCGAUUGUGGUAAGGUCAAAUGCUCGUGUAUCAUCGAAGUCGCGCAAAGUGUUCCACCUCGGGACCUUGUCAAAGAGAAUAAUGGGUCUCAAAUUAUUGCACCAGAAAGCGCUCUAUUGGACGAUAUUGAGUUGAGGAAAUCUAAAGACUUAAUGCGGCAACACUCAAAGCCGGAUUCCAUGUCACCCACUCUUAAGAAAAGGUCGUCUGAACAACCGUUUCAGAGAUCACUUCAUAAUGAGAACGGGAAAUUGAGAAGAUCUUUCAUAGUACGGUCCAGAGAAGGACUCGAGAAUUUCCUUAACUUACGAAAGGGCUCGGAUCAGGCCAAAGGGAAAAAUUUCGGACAUGAAGAGUUUUGA